GUCUGUCUUGUUACGGCGGCGAUUGAAAACCCUUGGUGGCGGAGUCUCUAAAUCGAAACUCCUAAGAAUUCCGCCGCUGAGCGCUGCGCUGAAAUCCCUGCUUCGUCGCGUCAGCAUGAACUAUCAGAACCCUGUAUCCUUGUAUCCUUGGUCGACGAGACUUUGGUGACAACAGUGGUGUAAAUUUGAUAACAUCCAGUUAAAAUUGCAGAUUUGGAGGCGUCUCAACGUUUUGGUGGGGGGUCCGAAGGUGUAGAGAAUGCAGGGCGAAAGCUCACUGCCACAGUUGCUCUGGUGCUACGCCGUGGCAGCUACUAUAAAGGUCCUGCUGAUCCCAUCGUACCACAGCACAGACUUUGAGGUCCAUCGCCAUUGGCUGGCCAUUACUCACUCUCUUCCUCUCUCUCACUGGUACUAUGAUGAGACCAGCGAAUGGACCCUCGAUUACCCUCCUUUCUUUGCUUACUACGAGCGCUUCCUCUCAAUCUUCGCCAAUCUCGUCGACCCUCAGAUCGUUCACCUUCACAAUGGCCUCAACUACAAAGCAACUUCUGUUAUUGUCUUCCAGAGACUCACUGUGAUUUUAUCCGAUUUGUGGCUUUUAUAUGGGGUUUACAGAUUGACUAAACAUUUGGAUUCCUUGAAGCGGAAUUUGAUCUGGGUAUUGGUAGUUUGGUCUCCCGGACUGUUACUCGUUGACCAUGUACAUUUUCAGUACAAUGGGUUUUUGCUUGGGUGGUUGUUGUUGUCGAUUUCGUUUUUGGUGGAAGGAAGUGACUUGAUGGGUGGGUUCUUGUUUGCAGUUGUGCUGUCUUUUAAACACUUGUUCGCAGUGGCAGCUCCGGUUUAUUUUGUGUACUUGUUCAGGCAUUACUGUCGGGGUGGAUUGGUUAGAGGUUUUGGCCGGCUUUCAGUCAUAGGGGCUGUGGUUGUGGCGGUUUUUGCUGCUGCUUAUGGACCUUUCUUUUAUCAUGAACAGAUUCAACAAGUCGUCCGGCGCAUGUUUCCUUUUGGCAGGGGACUCUGCCACGCAUACUGGGCUCCAAAUUUUUGGGUAUUUUAUAUCAUAGUAGAUAAAGGGCUUGCUUUCUUCCUCAGAAAACUUGGGUUCAACAUCCAGGCGCCUGCAGCUUCAUUCACUGGUGGGCUAGUAGGUGAUUCAUCGUCUUUUGCAGUUCUACCUCAGAUCACCCCUCUGACAACCUUUGUUGCAGUCCUGCUUGGGUUAUUUCCUUGUUUAAUUAAGGCUUGGAGUGAUCCCCAGCCACAGUUCAUUGCUAGAUGGAUAGCUUAUGCUUACACAUGCGGGUUUUUAUUUGGGUGGCACGUUCAUGAGAAAGCAUCACUCCACUUUGUUAUCCCCCUUGCCAUUGUUGCAGUGGAGAGUUUAGAAGAUGCAAAGCACUACUUCUUACUAUCCAUAGUAUCUUGCUAUUCUCUGUUUCCACUAUUAUACGAAGGCCAAGAAUAUCCAAUAAAAGUGUUGUUGUUGCUGUUACACUCCAUCCUAAUGUGGUUUGGCUUCUCAGCACAAUUCACCAAGGAUGAAGCAUCAGAAACAGAGGAACAAACAAACAAUGAUGAGUCUGUUUGGUCGGAAAAAUCUAGAGCUACUAGUGGUGGGAAAGAAUGGUUUGGCAUUGGAUGGAUUGGAAAGGUUUACCUAUUUGGUCUUAUGGUUGUUGAAUUAUGGGGUCAAAUUUUGCAUCCUUACAUUCUAGGUGAAACAUUCCCUUUCAUACCCCUUAUGUUAAUGUCAAUCUAUUGUGCAUUGGGGAUGACAUACUCUUGGAUUUGGCAAUUAAAACGUUUCUUAAAAUUGUCCUAACGAACUCGGAUGCUGUCUAUUUGUUGGACCUUAUUUCUCAAGACUUUUUAUGCAAAACUUUAUUUGAAAGACCAGAAAAAUACAUCUCCAUAUAUAUAUAUAUAUAUAUAUAGAAAUAGUACCUAUCAACCUUAUCUUGAGGAAAAUUAUCCUAAAAUUACGUCGUUUCAAUAAAUUUUUAUUGAAAAA